UGCCACCGCGGCGGCCCCUUCUCUUCCCUGUAAUAAACCCCCGGCGAGCGAUGCGGCGGCUGGCGAAAUCCCUCCUCCUCGCCUCCCUCUCCAGGACCCUCCGCCACCGCCCCCAGCUCCCGCUGCUUCACCCUUGGCCUCCCCAGCCCCGUCGCCCGGAGCCCCGCCUCCUCCCCUUCUCCACUCAAACCCUAGCCCCGGGCCCUGCUCCCCCGCCUGCGCUUGUUGCGGCGUCGACGGGCGAGCCCACAGGCCUCGCGCUUCUAGAGUCCGCGGAGCUGCACGAGUCCGAGGGGGACCACCAGGAGGCCCUCGGCCUCGCCCUCAAGGCGCUCGCGCCGCUGCAGGCGUCCCACGGCGGGUGGUCGCUCCCCGUCGCGCGCGCGCUCCGUCUCGCCGGCGCCGCGGCCACCCGCGCCGGCAGCCUCAGCGACGGGCUCGAGUCCCUCGGCGCUGCCGCGGAUAUCGUCGACUACCUGGCACCCGCGCGGCGCAAGGGGGUGCCUGCGGAGGUGGCGGUGGUCGGCGCUGCCGUGUACGAGCAGCUGGCGCGCGCCAAAAUGGCCAUCGGGCGCCGGUGGGACGCGGUGGGCGACCUCCAGCGUGCACUGGACCUGAAGACUCUGUUCCUGGAGGCCGGGAGUGCUGAGCUUGGGAACGCCUACAGGGACGUCGCCGAGGCCUAUGCGGGUGUGCUGGACUUCGACAAGGCGCUGCCAUUGUGUUCUAAGGCAUUGGGGAUUGCGGAGAGACGGUUUGGUGAGGACUCGGCAGAAGUGGCUAAGCUACGGCGGCUUCUCAUGUCUGUCUAUACUGGUUUGGGUCGCCAUGAGGAGGCUCUGGCUCAAAUUGAGCUUGCUAAGGUGGUAUAUGAGCGAUUGGGAUUGAAUGUUGAACUUUCUCAGGCUGAAAUUGAUGGGGCUAAUAUCCGUAUCUUGUUGGGGAGAUCGGAGGAGGCGCUGAAUAACAUUAAGAGGGUAAUGCAGCGGGCAGACAAGGAGAGCGAGGAGCGUGCACUAGCAUAUGUCACAAUGGCAAAGAUAUUGAUGUCCGAGGAUACGGUUUUGGACUCAAAGCGGUGCUUGGAGAUCGCUCAGGGGAUCAUAGAUGCAAAGGAUUCCAUCGACCCUGGUCGGUUUGCUGAGGCAUAUGCUGAGAUAUCAAUGUUGUAUGAGUCGUUGGCAAAUUUUGAAACGUCUUCGGGCUCGUUUGAAAUGGCUUCGAACUUGAUGAAGAAAACACUGGCAAUUCUUGAGAGCGCCAAGGAGAUGCAUCACAUCGAAGGCAGCAUCUCAGCAAGGCUAGGGUGGCUCCUCCUGUAUAUUAAAAAUGUUGAUGAGUCUGUCCAAUAUCUGGAGAGAGCGGUUGAUAAAUUGAAGAAUUGCUUUGGACCACGACACUUUGGGUUAGGUUUUGCUUAUAGGAAUCUGGGGCAGGCCUAUCUUGAAAUGAACCAACAUCAAUCAGCUGUGGAGUUCUUCAAACUUGCGCUUGAUAUUAUUGAAGCUACAUUUGGACCGCUACAUGAUGAUACCAUUGACACAAAACAGUGCAUUGCAAAUGCAUACGGACUGAUGAAAAGCUACAAACUUGCUAUGGAGUUUCAAGAACAAGUCAUGGAUGCCUACAGUAGGUGUGGCCAUGGUGCCUUGGAUGAUUUCAAGGAAGCUGAAAGGCUUUUAGAGCAGAUCAAGAUGAAGGCUCAAGGAUUGCGUCAUGCAGUAUUUCCUGCAAAUUCAUUGCCUGAUUCAGCUCUAGCUCUAGCUCAACGCAACAAAGACGAUUAGUUCUUCUGUAUCAGUGCCAACUUAGAUGAGUUAAUGGUAAACUGUUAUUUUAC